CAUGCACAUAAAGACGUCGAUGAAGUGCGUGUGAGGCGUUGUUCUUUCAAGUGCGUUUCCACACUGCAACCACACCAUACGCGCAUUGAAACAUGGCAAACCCCAGGGUUUACUUUGACAUCACCAUCGGUGGACAAGCAGCCGGCAGGAUUGAAAUGGAGCUUCGGGCUGAUGUGGUCCCAAAGACUGCAGAAAAUUUCCGAGCUCUGUGCACCGGAGAGAAAGGGUUUGGCUACAAGAACUCCAAGUUUCACCGAAUCAUCCCUGGUUUCAUGUGCCAGGGCGGGGACUUCACCAGGGGCAAUGGAACUGGAGGCAAAUCCAUCUAUGGGGAGAAGUUUGCUGACGAGAACUUCACGUUGAAGCACAAAGGGAAGGGCACGCUGUCCAUGGCUAACGCCGGGCCCAACACCAAUGGGUCCCAGUUCUUCAUCUGCACAGCUGACACUGACUGGCUGAACGGGAAGCACGUGGUGUUUGGCAAAGUUGUGGCGGGCAGUGACGUUGUUGACAAAAUGGAGAAAGAAGGCACUCCAAACAGUGGCAAAACUAAACAAGAUGUUGUCAUUGCCGACUGUGGUCAACUAUAAUAGUGCAACAAAGCUCUGUUGGGUUUAUACUUACUCAGCCACAUUCGUUGUGUAAUAAUUUGUACGUUCUAAACUGUCCCUUAAGGACCACACUCAAAAUCUGGAUAAAAUGAUGUGGAUGGUGUAAAUAAAGCAACAUGAAAGCUGA